AGUUAGCCACAAAUGUCUUCUUUGUCCUGUGACCCGGAAGUGAUUCACAACAAACAAAAUGGCAGCCAUUGUAAUGAUUGCUCCCAGGUACGUGAAUUAAGGCCCUGCAUUGAAAUCCUGCUUUUCUGUCAUUUUACACCAAGUCUCUCUUUUUGGCGUCUGUAGUUGGGUGCUGUUUUAGCUGACAGUUGGAGAUGUCUGAGAAGCUUGUGAACGAGAUGUCUGAGGACAGCUUGUUGAUGGGAGAGGAUUCGGAUGAAGAUGCUGCAGCUUUCUCUGCGGAGGAGACGUUGCAGUGUAUGGUGGAAGAGGACGACUACGACAUUGACAGUUUGGUGCCGCAGGGGAACCAGGCAUCCAGCUCACUGGCGCAGAACAACGAGAGCGUUUAUAAGGUGGUGGUGAAGGAGGAACCAGAGGGAGAAAAUACAGACUAUGGGGAAAGCCAGGCAGAUACUUUUGCAGAGCUCAGUGAUGAUGAUAUUUUUACCGUGGUAAUUAAGGAAGAACCAGAUGAUUAUGAUAUGGAGCGUGGGGGACCUUCCGCAGGUUCCAAAACCGUAAUCCCAGCCAGGCCACGGACUGCAAUCCAGUCUCAGAAAACUAAAGAUAUUGUGAAAUUAAUUGCCCCAAAACUACCUAUACCGUGUGUGAAAGGAAAUUUCAUUCCUGCUCCUGUGCCCUAUGCGUUAAAUAUGGGUUUUGCCCAAGGUCAGAAUAUUCAACUUGCAAUCAGUACUGCGAAACAGGGGAGUCACAUAGCGAUUUGUGUGGAUCAUAAUACAGCGCCAUUAGCAGGGAUGCUGUGCACCUGUAAUAAAAUUAGGAAACAGAUUGUGGACCAUAAACCGCAUGUUUGUCAUGUGUGUGGGAAGGGCUAUCACAGGAAGUCCCAUCUGACCGUACACCUAAGAAGCCAUACAGGAGAGAGGCCGUACGUGUGCCAGGAAUGUGGCAAAGGCUUUUAUCAGUCGUCAGCUUUAAACAAACACAACAGGAGUCACACUGGUGAAAAGCCGUAUACUUGCUCGAAGUGCGGCAAAGGUUUUGCUACAAAUUGGCAUUUGGUUAAACAUUAUCAGUCGCAUACUAGAGAAAAGCCGUAUGUUUGCAAUGAAUGCGGCAAAAGCUUCACUCAGAGGACAAAUCUCAAUUUGCACCAGAAAACACACACGAAAGAGUAAGUUCUUCUUGAAGCAUUAGAACGAUCUGUGCGCUUCUACAGAAGAAAACCCAUGCGUUUUGCAUGGAUUUAAGAAGAGGUCAAAGGAUCAAUCUGGUUAUAUUGCAGAAAACAUUUCUCCCAGCUUAUAACACACUGAAGAGCUUGUAUAAUACACAACCUAUGGGUUUUGCUUGAAUUCUAGAGGACCUGCUUUCAACAUGGACAAAUAUGGCAACACCAGAAAAUACCAAAAGCUGAAGCCAUUAUUUUAAAUAAAUAUGUCAAGAUUUAACCACAAACCAGCGGACUCACUGAGCAGAGAACCCAUGUGUUCAUGGAGUUUGAGAAGCAUUCAAUGCACACAAAAUACUGUCAGUAUAUUUAUUAAAAUCUAAGUAGUGCUCUCCAAAUAAUAUAUCAGCUUAUGGCAGGGUUAUAACACAAUAUAUUCAAUAAUUAUCCUUAAAAAUAGAAACCCUUAACCAACAAGCAUCUACUAGAAACCAUAUAAUUAAUAUAAAUACCUGAAUUCUUUUAUUUAGUUAAUAUCCAUGAACAUUUUGAAAUAUAUUUGCAAUACCAGAAUAUGACACAAUAUUAUAUACGUUAAACCCAACUAUUAAGAUAUGCUAUCCUUCUUACAAAGCCCAGAAAAAUUUACCUUAAAAAAUCAGCCUUAUUUACAAUUAGCCUUUCAUUCAGUUAACACAAUGGGACUAAAACCUUUUACUUUUAACUUCCAAGCAAUACAAUCCUAUCAGUGCUUAUAAACAAUAGGAUAAUAUAUAUAUUAUGCUUUUUAACUGCAAUUUAUCCUAAUACAAUAUUAAUUUAAAACAUCAGAACUUGCACAGAUAAGUUACUUAGUCUACCAGAUACAAAUUUAAACAAUACUUAGGCUUAUGAAAUAUUAUUCUAUAUUUGCAUAGAUAAACAAUUUAAGAUUGGGAUUAGUUUAACAAUACAUAGGCUAUGAAAUGCUAACUUGAAAUAUAAACUCUUCCCUUAACUCUGCUACAUACAGCAAUAGUAAAUGUUUACUUUACAUUUUUGCAUACAAAUAGGCAAGCUAAGAGCUAUUCAAGGUUAUGCAAUACAAUUUAAAAGCACAAUUUGCUCUCUCCAAUCUUCCAAUUGCAAUUUAACUGUAGUGACUAUGCAUAUAACUUAUUCUAAAAUAUCACAUGUAAUUUCAAUACUUUAACAAAUAAAUAAAUCGGUAUCCAAUAUUCCUUAAUAGGAAUUAUUUUACCUCAGAUCACCAAUAAGUGUAUAUCGCAAUCAGUGACAAAGGUAGAUUAGCUUUGCUUGAGUAAAGUGGUAUUUCGCGCCCAAUCCAAUUACAAGUCAGCUCAGCACAAAUCUCUCCUUCUCUAUAUUGCAUUCACUUUUUAUUAGUUUUCCAUCAUGGGUAAAUUAUGGGUGGCCCUCCUUGUCUCUUUUGAUUGGGUAUUUUGAAUACCUGAUUGGAUUGGCCCUUAACGGAGUUGAGCAUGUUUACCAUGGCAACGCAUCUUUUGAACAGUUAAAUUCCCUUAACUGUCCUACCGGUAUUGGCCCUUAGGUGGCAGCAGACAGCACAACACAGCAAUACAUGCAAUACCAUUUCUAAACAUUUUAACAACUUAAUUCAGUAUUUCUAUGAAAUGGUUAUUCAUUUUAUCAUAAUUUACUGCAACAACUACUCACAAUAUUUGUUUUGGAUAAGUAAUAUCUUAUGAAUUUUCUGAUCUUUUUGAUAUGAAACACAGUAUAUUAUAUUAAAAUAAUGUAUCCUGUUUCUGAAA